CAAGGAACUUGGAUUGAUUGUGAAAAUUUAAAACGCAAUAAACAUCUUUAAAAAGAGUUCAAAUAAUAAUGUUGGAAAAAGAACUAAAAACGAUGACGGCUUUUAGCUUCCUAUUAUUAAGCUUAUUUAAAUGCUAUUGGUUGUCAGUCAAAAUAGUAUUUUAAUAUAUAUAUUUUUAUUUAAAAAGGCGGAAGAACGCCGUUUUCAACAAAAAAAAAGAAUUAAAAGAAAUCCGAUUGUUCCUGUGGUCUGUGCCAAAAUUGUAGCAACAGACCAACUACGAUUAUGGUAAUACAGUACCUACUACAAUUAAAUCUAUAAAGGUCGUGGAAAGUGAUACAAAAGUUUUACAUAUUUUCAGAAAUAAAUAUGCAAAUGUCACUUGCAAUCAACUGUCAACUAUGAUCAACUAUCACUGUCAUUGGCUUCAGCAUCGUUGUCAGUCGUCAAAACAAUAAAAAUGGCGCAGAUUCCUUUAGGAGUCAAAACUCAUGCUCAAAAAGUCUGUAGCCUUUAUAAAAGGGCUUUACGUAAUUUAGAAGCGUACUACGACCGCCGACAUGUGUACCGAUACCAAGCUGUAUUGUUACGUGAGAGGUUUGACAAGCAUGCCAAGGAGACCAAUAUGAUUAAAGCAAAUGAGUUUCUGAAAGAGGGUGAAGAGGAAUUGUUUCUGAAGCAACAUCCCAUACCUAAAUAUUUUGCCACAAGUCCUGGAGGUGUAGCUCAUGAGCGUGUAGUCACUCCCCCUGAUUGGGUCUUGGACUAUUGGCAUCCUCUUGAGAAAGCCCAAUAUCCUGAAUAUUUCAAGAAACGCGAGCAAAGAAAGAAAGAGUUCGUUGCUAUGUGGGAGAAGGAGUAUGGCAAGCCAGAUGAGAAAGAUAAGCAUCAUUAGACAAAUUGUAUUAACUCUGUAAUAUAGUAUCAUAUUAAAA